UAAGUCUUUGGUUUUGUUGUAACACUGAUAAAUAACUUUUGGAAGGAGGUCCAGUAAGUUUUAAACCAACUGGCCCAGUGGGGCCGUUUGCAAAAAGGUUUAACAUUGAGCUCUGUAAAUAUCUGGAGCUGUUGUGGACGUUGAUGACACAGACAGUCCCUGCUACCCCUGUUUGCUGUUCCAUUCUUUCAUCCGUAAUCUUUGUCUUUGUAACUUUUAUCUUAGAGGUUUAGGGGGAGCAGGGAGAAGCAGGCCAGAUGAACAUAAUGUGUAAAUGUGUAUGAGAGGAAUGUAAUGUCCAUGUUUGAUGCUGGUCUGACCCCCCUCUCUUCUUUCAGGGUGGAGCCUGCUGGAGUCCGAUGGUUGAAACCAGGUCUGAGGAAGUAUUCCUGUGAACUCACACUCGACAUAAACACAGCAAAUCAAAAUACCAAGCUGUCUGACAACAACAGGAAGGCGACACAUGUGCAGGAGGAUCUGUCAUAUCCUGAUCAUCCAUACAGGUUUGACUACUGGUCUCAGGUGAUGUGUACAACUGGUCUGACUGGUCGCUGUUACUGGGAGGUUGAAUGGACAGAAAAAGUUACUGUAGCAAUGAGUUACAGAGGAAUCAGCAAGAGUGGAGGCUCUGAAUACAAUUAUUUUGGAGGGAAUGAUAAGUCCUGGAGACUGGACUGCUAUACAGAUGGUUACUCUGCCUGUCACAAUGACAGAGGAACAUCCAUCUCCACCUCCUCUGUCUCUAACAGAGUAGGAGUGUAUCUGGACUGGCCUGCUGGCUCUCUGUCCUUCUACAGAGUCUCCUCUGACACACUGAUCCACCUCCACACCUUCAACGCCACAUUCACUGAACCUCUUUAUCCUGGCUUUGGGCUCUGGUCCUGCUUUGGUUCUUCAGCGUCUCUGUAGGAGGGAGAAUCUGCUCCUGUUGGAGAACAGAUCAGUUGAGCUGUACAGGAUCACAGUUGCAGAGGUCUUUCAGGUUCUUCUUAUAAAUUCAUCAAUGAAUCAAAGUGAUUCCUCAUUUACAUUGUUAACAUCGUCCACUUCUGGUCCUUUAAAGAUAAAAGCUCUGAUCAUUAAAUGAUGGAAAUGAUGUUGACUUGUACCUUCUGCCCCUUUAAUAUCCUUCUGAUGUUUUGAAUGUGGUUGUUUUAUCUUAACAUUUAUAAUUUUUUUGCUUGCUGUAUGUCAUAUCUCUAUAUCUCUAUAUCUAUAUAUCUCUAUAUCUCUAUAUCUAUAUAUAUUUAUCGAUCGAUCUAUCUAUAUAGCUGAGCAUGUGUUGUGUAUCAUAAAAGGGCUAAAUGUCCAAUUGUUAACAAAAUAAAGAAUGUCAGAGCUCUUCUUCAUUUGUAAAGAGACCAGUUUUUACAUAUUAGGCGGAUUUCAGAAUGAGGGACUGACUGAACCUGCAACAAGGGAUACAAUUGUCAGAAACUACUUUUGAUGAUGGUGUCAUUGUAAUUAACGUACAGUAAUAAGUGACAGUUAAAUACAGUAUUUUAGUUUGACUUUUAGUUUUUACCUGUUAAGCCUUUCAGUACAGUAAUGUCUACUUACUCUAUUACUACAUGUUAGAAAAUGUUAUGUGUUAUUAUAUUAUUUGACAGAUUCUGAAGUUUGAUUACAUUCUGUUCUGAAAAUCCACCCUGAAUCCACCCUUCUGUUGGGAUCAGGAUUAUCCUAAUUAUUUUGGAUCAAAGGGAUCCCACCAACUAAAAACGCAUACUGAAGGUUUGAUCCAGAUCAAAACAAAGUUAGGAUCAGGUGAUCUUUUUCUUUUGAACAACCCAUUUUAAAGAUUUUAUCCAAUCCAAUCACUUCUGAACAUCUGGGCCCGGCUGUCUGAAUGGGAGCAAAUCCCUGCAGCAGGUUCAACAUGUGCUGGAAAUCAGGUGUCCACAUACUUUUGGCCAUAUAGUGUAUUACAGCUUGAGACAUUUAGUCACUGUGUUUUGCCCUUAAAGUGUUUGCGGCCUUCACAUUUAUGAAACUGUGCAGAUUGUAGAAUUCUUGUGUUUUCAGCUCUAAUAAAACACUUUGUAAAGUAAA